AUGUCGGAGCUUGAUGAAUUCGGCGAUGGCAGUGACGAAGAAGGAGAAGCAAUGACUGCAGCUGAAGUUUUACAGAAACUAGAAGAGGCAUGGCGAAAUGAGAAGUUUUCACCAGACUUAUUGGAUGCUAAAAUGGACCUGGUGGAAUGUAUGCUUGAACAGUUAGUAGAAAUGGAGGAAAAUAUAAAACGUGCCAAACGGUCCGAUAUUCGAGUCAGCAUCCACAGAAUGGAGAUUGACAGAAUUCGUUACAUCAUCAGCAGCUACCUCAGAUGCCGUCUACAGAAGGUUGAACGUUACACUGUUCACAUUUUAGAACAAGAAAGACAGAGAAAGGAAGAGGAUGCAUGUAGAAUGUCACCUGAAGAAUUUGAAUUUGCGAAAGAUUAUGCUGAAACAAUGGACAAUCAUUUCCGGUCUUUGGCUCUCAGACAUAUGCCUCCUAAUCUUCAAACACUGGAUACCAAACAGACAGCUAUGCGACCUAACAUGGACAAAUAUGUGUUUCUACAAGUAAACGAAGACACAGAAGGUGUACUGGUGGAGGAAGAAACCCUAGAGGCUGGAGAGGAGAUUGUGGACUUUCAGAAAGGUGACCAGCACAUCAUGCAGUAUAAACCCAUAUCACCGCUGGUGGCUUCUGGAGCAGUGACGCUAAUCUGAUAACAGCAAUGACUCUAAUCUGAUGGGAGCAGUGACUCUACUCUGAUGGGAGCAGUGACUCUACUCUGAUGGGAGCAGUGACUUUACUCUGAUGAGAGUAGUGAUUUUACUCUGA